AUGGCUACGGUACCUUACACUACGAAUCCAACAACCAAAUCCUCCGACACAGUUACAGAGCUGCUCUGGAAGGACGCUUUACGCCAUUUGAAAUAUACGAACAACGAGGUGCUUCUUCCAACCAAUGUGCGAGACAUGAUCGGCCAAGACAAUGUCGACAAGAUAAAAUCUCGCCUCAGUGCACUUCUUGGUGCUCCCGUUGUGGGCUUCAUUGAUGAGUCUAUAAAUGCUUUUCGUCUUAUGCGCACCCCUACAUUUUCGGGCUCUGCAGUAUCUGUUGCAUCUCACGACACACUGGUAAAAGUGCCAAAAAAGGGUUCAUUCGGCUCGUCGACGAAUCAACGAGAAAAGCCUCCAGUAUCAUCAAAAGCUGCAAAAGUCCCGCGACCCCCAAAUGCCUUUAUCCUUUACCGUCAGCACCAUCACCCGAAGAUUAAAGAAGCAUACCCUGACUUUCAAAAUAACGAUAUUUCCAUCAUGUUGGGGAAGCAGUGGAAAGCAGAACCGGAAGAAGUCAGGGCACAUUACAAGGCACUGGCAGACGAGCAAAAGAAGAAACACGCCGAAGAGUACCCAGACUACCAAUAUACACCACGCCGGCCAUGCGAGCGGAAACGCCGAGCAUCAUCACGCCAAUACGCCAAACACUCGAAAGCAGCCGCCGCCGCAGGUCUCGCAGCAGCAAGCGCAAAAGCAAAGUCAUACGCCAGUACGGGGAUAGGAUUGGGACUGGGAUCAAUACCGGAAUCGGGAGCAGGGACAACUACAAGACACACCCCCAAAGCCGAAUCACCAACAUCAAUGACAUCGGGUGCCACACUAUCCACCGUUUCGACACCAGCAAUGCAGGCAGCGAAUGGCAUGGACCACGACCUCUCCGAAUUCAACGUCUUCUUCGGCCCCAGCGAUCUACAAGACGAGCAGUUUAAUUUCGAUACGGUCAGCUUUGAUGCCAUGGUACAGCAACUACGGAACGAUCAGAACCAGGAUGUAUUCCUGCAACCGUUGAAUCCUACGGAGCAGGCGGCGGUGGAUUCGUUUGAGUUCUCGGACUAUAUUGCAGAUUGUUUCUGA